UUACCAAGAAAGAAGAAGGUCCAAUUCCGAAAGACUAUACUCCAAAUUUGGCCCAAACCCAGGCACCUACUGCAUCUACUGAGGAGGUGACUCCAGUCUCAAAAAAUAGAUAUUCUUCCCGGUUCGACCAAAUCCAAAUCGCUACGAAAGACGAAUCUCCUAUCUCGAAAAUCUACUCUUCUAGGCUAAACCAAACCCAGACUACUGCAAAUGAAAAGGCUCCUAUGGUGAAUGAAAGCCUUUCAAAUAAGAUAAUCAAGCCGAAGGUUGAAAAAAAUGAGCAGAACAUUUUGCAAGAACCGUCAGAAACCCCGGGUGGCUUCCAAGUCCCCAGAACUACAUAGAUCCCUACUUUCUUCCACAGUCGAACCCAAGCCUCCACCAAAGACACAAGAAAAAAGCGAGGAGAAACCAGAGGUUCUUCUAGCAAAGACUUACAGCAGCCCGGAAGUACCUGCCAAGAGUAGCAUCAUACGCCAGAAAGCUACGAGUCUUGAGAAUUCCCGUUCUCCAAACGACCGACCAACACCUCCUCCAAAGUCACAGACCUUGCCUCUAGCCCCUUCAGCUGGCAACUCGUCUCCGUCUCCCUCAUUCACUUCCAGGCUGAAAGAAACGAUCGUGAAUACUGCAGCUGCGUCACCGCUACAAACAAAAUUCGGGCUAGGAUUAGGAAGCUCUCUUUUCCCAUCCAGACCAGAGUCCACGUUGGAGAAGAAGUCUCAACAACUUGACAAAGUUUCUGCAUCACCGCCUGUGCCUCCGAAACGAGAUUUGAAAAUUUCCCCAGCAAUUAUUGAUGGCGCGAGAAGGCCAUCACUCGCAUCGCCGGUUCCGCAAACUACGGAAUCUACAAAUGUUAUCUCUGAAUUUUUCGGAACACUUCCAAACUCAAGUGACCGAGUGGACAUUGACCCGCAGUUGAUUCUCACUGCGGAGAUAGAUUACCCAAAGACGAGGACUAUUCGUAAGCAGAUAUGGGAAAUCACUGGAGAUGGGAAGAAACAAGAUCUGCCUGUCAAUCAAGAGUAUAUUUUGUUUGAGGGUAGUAUGUAUGUUUGUGUGCAUACAUUUGAAUAUGAAAGUGGAAACAGGACCGAAGCGUACCUCUGGUUAGGUGACGAGGUAUCCGAGGCCGCCAUGGAGGAUGCACAGCUCUUCGCUCGCCGAGUUGCACGAGAAAAUGGUGCGCGACUGGAGUUGGUGAGGCAAGGCAAGGAGCCAGCCAAGUUUAUCGAGGCUCUUGGCGGUAUCAUCAUCACUCGACGUGGCUCUAGCUCUCGAUCCAGUUCUUCUGCUCUCUACAUGCUCUGUGGCAGACGCCAUCUUGGUCAAAUUGCAUUCGACGAAGUCGACCUCUCCCGCCGAAACCUGUGCUCGGGCUUCUCGUUCGUCAUAUCGGCCAAGUUUGGCAAGCUCUAUCUCUGGAAAGGCAAGGGCAGUGGCGCGGAUGAGAUUGGCGGCGCGCGGCUGAUUGGAAUGGAUCUCGGUCUGACGGGCGAGAUUGAAGAAGUGAUUGAAGGAGAGGAGCCAGAGAGUUUCUUUGACGUGUUCUCUGACGCAAAAGCAGUGCAGCCACCCACGACUGUGAAUCAUUGGCACUCGAAGCCCAAAUCUGAAAAAUAUCGCUGUCGACUGCUCCGCGUCGAUCAUCUUUUGGGACAAAAGGGUGGAUUCUGGAACCGACGAGGGUCUUCUUCGCCGGUGACUCGGCCAAAUGACACGGUCGAGGAGAUUGAACCGUUCUGUCAGAAGGACUUGCGAACCCGCGAUAUCUACAUACUUGAUGCCUUCUUCGAGAUAUAUGUAGUCGUGGGAAUCGACGCUCAUUCCAGACCAGCGGAGUUUGCUUCUGCUCUUGUUUUCGCGCACGAAUAUGGAAUCCUGGCUGCCUCGCUACAAGAUCGGCCGUUUAUUCCGAAGAGCUUCGUUGCUAUCGGUGGUGUGCCAGAAUGCUGCAAGGUCACGUUCAGGAAAUGGGACUCGAAGAUAUGGGCGUCGACGCCGCGCAUUCUGCCUUUGAACGCGGCGAUUGAAGCCAUCCGUUCAUGACCGCUUACAGCGUUAUUGAUGCAUAUACUGGUGUUUUUAAAAUAGCAUCUGCGAUUUGUUUUAUAUCUGCUACCAAGCGUUCAUAGGCAUCCUAGGUGGUGUAUUUGUAUAUGUAUCAGACAUUCUGAAUUGUAUUUCCACUUGAAUACACUACUACAUAUAUCUUAGAUAUAAGAAAUCACCGACGUGUGUAAAUAAUACAGUACUGAUGUAUUAAUCACGCCAUGGCUUGUGUGUAAUCCCGGUGGCCUGACAGCCCCACUGGUACAUAAUACAUAACAUUAAUAUUGAUGGCAGUCUGGU